AUGGUGAGGCUUACUAAGGAACAAGUGCAGUUCUAUAAAGAUAAUGGAUACAUCCAUUUGAAGAAACUCAUCAAAGGCAAGGAGUUGGAGAGACUCUCUGAAGAAUAUGACAACUUAUUUAAAUUGAAGCAAGAUAAUAAAAUUGAUGCUGCGUGGGUUGGCACUGAUGAAGACAGAAGCGGAAGUGAACUAACAGUGAAAGCUAUCCAUAACCUGCAGAUGCAUCAUGAAGUUUUUGGUAAAUAUUUGUACAAUGAAGAUCUCUUGGAUGCGUUUGAAGAUGUUAUGGAAACAAAGAACAUAAUCUUGCACCACACAAAGGCUAACAACAAACCCCCAGAAAAGGGUGCCAACUACCCAAUGCAUCAAGAUUACCACUACUUCCCCUACGAGAAGGACUCAGUUGUUGCUGCAGCUAUGUUCUUAGAUGCUGCUACUCCCCACAAUGGCACUUUGUUUGUGUACCCUGGAUCACACAAAUUGGGACCCCUAGAAGACUUUGGCCCUAAAGAAGGAAGCAAUUUCCACUACGUUGAUCAGAAAAAGUUCUCGAUCGAGGGCGCGACACCCCUGAACGUUGAGCCUGGCGAUGUGGUCAUCUUCUCCUACUUCACGGUGCACGGCAGCACGCCCAACCUAUCCAACAAGACGCGCCGCAUGAUGCUCAUGCAAGUCACUGAUGCUGAUGACAGGCCACUCACUGGGGUCCCCACUUGGCCGGGCGCGGGUUGGGUGCUACGUGGUGCCAACAGAGGCCGCGAUGCCUCAAUAGCUAAACGAUACGAAGCGUAAUCAUUUGUUUAUGUUAUAUGACCUGUUAUUGUA